UCACAGCCAGUCAUUCCAAUGAUGUCUCUCGUCUCGGAUUUCUUCUGUUGCUUCGCUCCCAAACCCGUUUCUCGGGUCGCUUCCGACGAGGAUGAUACCCCGAAAAUAUCAUCUUUCGAGAAGCGGAAGGGCAAACCGAAAUCGUCACGAGCUCCAGUGGUCGUGACUUACUUCCCCGUCGGCUCGAACCUCUCCCGUCUGUAGAAUCAUCCGUUCGGAUCUACGACUUUCGAAGCGUGUGUUGCGAUGACAAAAAAAGGUAAUGGAGAAUCAUAACAUGGGUAGUUUUGUUUCCAAACAAUAAAGUAGGAGAACAAAUCAGACGAAUGUCUUGUUAUGUCUACGUUUCUUGCAUUGUCUUGACGGUCCAUGAUCAAAUAUAAAUAUGUAAUAUUAAACAUGUUUAAUGAUUGUUUUGCUCAACCAAAAUAUUUUGUAGUUUUUUGGACAAAACCAAAAGAUAGUGG